CCUUCCCUUCAGUCUUGCACAGGUGUACCGGCUCCUCCCCUUCAGUCUUGCACAGGUGUACCGGCUCCUCCCCUUCAGUCUUGCACAGUCGUGUACCGGCUCCUCCCCUUCAGUCUUGCACAGUCGUGUACCGGCUCCUCCCCUUCAGUCUUGCAUAGUGUACAGGCUCCUCCCUUUCAGUCUUGCACAGUCGUGUACCGGCUCCUCCCCUUCAGUCUUGCACAGUGUACCGGCUCCUCCCCUUCAGUCUUGCCCAGGUGUACCGGCUCCUCCCCUUCAGUCUUGCCCAGUUGUACCGGCUCCUCCCCUUCAGUCUCGCCAGUUGUACCGGCUCCUCCCCUUCAGUCUCGCCCAGUUGUACCGGCUCCUCCCCUUCACCUGACUGUCCCUUGCCCCACCCCUUUUCAUUCAUUGGAUUUCAGUUCUUUCACUCGUGGAGGCUCAGCAUCACAUGUGGGUGGUCUGUAUGCAAAUGUCACCUGCCUGGGAACACCCACUCCUGCAGACUGACACCCACCCACCCAU